AUGGGCAACGAGGACAAGAUCAAGUGGCACUCACUGCAGCACGUCGGGCCGCUAUUUCCGCCGCCCUAUGUGCGCUUGCCGGAUCAGGUGCAAAUGCUCUACAAUGGCCAGCCCAUGCGGCUGUCGCUGGCGGCUGAAGAGGCUGCCACCUGGUAUGCCAAACUGCUGGGCCGACCAGUGGCACAGAAUGAGAUAUUCCGAGCCAAUUUCUUUAGCCAGUUUCGCAUGCUGAUGGGUGAGAACGAGCGGAGCAUUGUACAGGAGCUGAGCCUCUGCGGCUUUGAGCGCAUUGCUCAGCACUUGCAGCGCCAAGGCGAAGACGUCACAAGCCGUAGGCAGCAGCAGCAGCGGCAGCAACAGCUGGAGCAACAACAUUAUGGCUACUGCUCCAUUGAUGGCAGGCUGGAGCGCAUUGGCAACUAUCGCAUUGAGCCAGCGGGCAUAUUCCUGGGGCGUGGCAAUCAUCCGCUUAUGGGCACGCUUAAGCCACGCAUUCGACCCGAAGAUGUGACCAUAAACUGCAGUCCCCUCGCAGUGCCAGCUGCUCCGGCCGGUCAUCACUGGCAGGCAGUGCAGCACAAUCAAUCCGUAGCCUGGCUAGCGCGUUGGCACGACACCGUCACCUCCGGCUACAAGUACAUGCUGCUGAGCAGCGCUUCACGCCUGCAGGGCAUACGCGACCUGAACAAGUUCGAGCUGGCGCGUCGUCUGUCCAACCAUAUACAGAGCAUACGCCAGUCGUACUGGGAGGACUGGAAGUCACCCAAUCUGAUGCAGCGACAGCGCGGCGUGGCGCUCUACUUCAUCGACAGGCUCAUGCUGCGCGUGGGCAACGACAAGUCGGAGAACACGGCGGACACCGAGGGCUGCUGCACUCUGCGCGUCGAGCAUUUGCAACUGUUCGAGCAGCUGCAGGGCUCUGCUCACGUGGUGGAGCUCAACUUUCUGGGCAAGGACUCGAUACAGUUUCGCCGGAAACUGGUUGUUGGCCAGCACGUGUUUGAGAAUCUGCGCAGCUUUAUGCAGCACAAGCAGCCCAAGGAUCUGAUCUUCGAUCAGCUGGCGGCGAAGAAGCUCAAUCAGCAUCUCAGCUCGCUGAUGCACGGACUGACCGCCAAAGUGUUUCGCACCUACAAUGCAUCCAAGCUUCUGCAGUCGUGCCUGGAUGAGCUCGCACCCGAUGUGACACGCUCGCUCAAGGACAAGCUCAAUGCCUAUACCAUAGCCAAUGCUAAUGCUGCCAAGUUUUGCAAUCAUCAGCGCGCGCCGACCAAGGCGGCCAAGAAUAAACUGAACAGCUUUAAGCGCGCCAUACGCGCCAAGCAAUUGGCCAUUGACAACUUGCGGCGCACCAGACCGACCACUUUGCCUGUAUCCACAGCCAACCACGCGCGCAGACUAAUGCAACUGCAGAACGAACUGGCCAUGCUGGAGUCGCAGCUAAACGCUGCCACGCUGCGCAGCUCUCUGGCCCUGAACACCUCGAAGAUGAACUACUUGGAUCCACGCAUUACUGUCGCCUGGUGCAGCAAGCACGGCGUGCCCAUUGAGAAGAUAUUCAGUGCAGCGCUGCGCACCAAAUUCGACUGGGCUAUAUCUGUAGCCGAUGCCAGCUUUCGCUUCUAA